UCUUUUUUUUAAUACGUUUUCCAGGUUGUGUAAUCGUGCUUUUUUUCCUAGCCAGUAUCGAUGUGUUACGCAGCUCACCGGGCAACCAGGAAAGCUUGUCGUAGUUCAGUUUGCCCGCUGUUGGUUAGCAUGUUAGCAUGCUAGCCAUUGAGCCCGCUUGUAUUAACGUGUUAGCAUGUUAGCCAUUGUGCCCGCUUGUAUUAACGUGUUAGCCAUUGAGCCCGCUUGUAUUAACGUGUUAGCUUCAUAGUCGGUAGUUACGCGGUAGUGUGUUUUUUCAUGGAAGAAAAUGACGAAAAGACUUGUUUUUAAAAAAAGUAUCGAAAGAGCUCUCAAUACAAGCUGUUGCCAACAAAGAAACAACCUCAAGAGUCAAAACAGGGAACCAGCCCAUAGAAGACAGAACAGUGGAUGGAAGAGCGCGAGAGAGAGUGAAGAGGAAGGAGGUUAAGAUACAGGGGCUGGUCAACAGGCAUGGCUCCAAUUCGGGACUCGGUCAGCCACUCUCCUAACCAAACAGGUUUGGACCACCCUGGCCUGGAUUCUCAGUAUGAGAGUUGCCCCUGGAGCUCUGGUUCUCCCUGCAGCAGAGACAGUAACUGGGACAAGGUGCUGGUAGACUCGAACUGCAGUGACACGCCUUCCUCCUCCUCCUCCUCCUCGGCAGCCGGCAACGACCCCGAGCUCCCCUCAGAAUGCAUGGACACGGACUCUGCCUCUAGCUCUGGUGGCUCGGAGAAGAACUUGGUCACGGCGAUGUCGUCGUCGCCGCCGCCUCCCGGCGCUAAAGGAAACGGAGGCCGUAACGGGAACCGCUUCUCCCCUCUGGCGUUGACGAACGGCGGCGUUCCUCCCGUUAACAUCGUGACGUGUAACGGGGCGGUGAAAGGCCCCAACGACGCCUCCGCCCCCCGCCGACGGUAGCCACGGCAACAAGCCGAGCCCCUGGGCGUCGGCCAACGGUGCUGGUGUGACCCCGGCACUUUGAACCCAAAAGUUAACCACAGUGCCUGGCCCGGUCCCCAG